AGUUCCAAAUCCUGUCCAGAAGAGUGGAAGCUGUUAGCUGCAAAGGGGUCAAGCUCCAUAUUAAUCUCAGUGUAUUUAUCAUGUAGUGUCAUUAAAAUCCCUGUUAGUAAUGAUCAGGUGUCCCAAUACUUUUGUCUAUAUGGUGUCUAUAGGAAAUAGCACGGUGUGUUGUUUUAAACUCAUUUGUUUUGAGAGUGUAUGAACGCACUUCUUUCCACCGUUACAUUUGUGAAUCAGUUUCCUACCAAAGGAGCCGACUCAAAGAGUCGACUCAGUCCGGAACGACACAUCCCUCAUAAUGAAUCCUUCCAAAGUGAAAGUGAUUCUCUCUCCGCCUCGACUCCAUUUUGCAAAAGUUACAAAUCUCCAGGCAGAAUCGGGGAUAUUAAUGUCACAGAACAAGGACUGCUGACUAAAGGAGUGUGAUCCAUUCCAGCAGAAGAGAUCAGACUCUUCAGGACUCAGCUGUGUGUUUGUGCAAACUUUACUAAUAUUCAGAGAUGAAGACUCCUGAUCUAGACACAGAUAAUGUUUCCCCACCAUCAAACAACUGUAAACUCCAGGGAAAGAGAUCAGAAUCAUCAGCACCCAGCUGUAUCUCCAUGAAGAGUGAUCAGUCUAUGGAUCUUCCUCUGAAGUUUAAAGAUGGAGACUCCUCACUUCUACACAGGUUUCCUUCAGGUUCUCCGGUUUCCUCCCACCUCCCAAACACAUGCCAUGUUCUACAGAAGGCAGGAGACAGAAGAGAAAUGAUCACCACAGAUACAGGGCAUGACCCAGAAUCUGUGGCUGUAAAUGAACUCCAGAAAAAGUUCAAAUUAAAUCUGAUGGAGAAGUUUCAGUGUUUGAAUGGAGUGAUAAUAAACCUGGGAACCCAAACCCUCCUGAAUGAGAUCUACACAGAGCUCUACAUCACAGAGGGAGACAGUGGAGAAGUCAAUAAUGAACAUGAGGUGAGGCAGAUCGAGGCAGCAUCCAGGAGAACAACAACAGAGGAAACACCAAUCAAAUACAACGACAUCUUUAAGCCUUUAUCUGAACAAGACGAACCCAUCAGAACUGUUCUGACAAAGGGAGUCGCUGGCAUCGGAAAAACAGUCUCUGUGCAGAAGUUCAUUCUGGACUGGGCUGAAGGGAAAGAAAAUCAGGACAUCCACCUCAUAUUUCCAGUUCCUUUCAGAGAGCUGAAUCUGAUGAAGGACCAGAAACUGAGUCUGAUGGAGCUCCUUCAGUUCUGUUUUAAGGACACAAAAGAAACAGAAAUGUCCAGUUUGGAAAAGGUUCUGUUCAUUUUUGACGGAUUGGAUGAGUGUCGUUUUCCUCUAGAUUUCCAGAACACAGUGAGAGUGUGUGAUGUAACUGAAUCAGCAUCAGUGCAGGAGCUGCUGAUAAACCUGAUUAAAGGGAAUCUACUUCCCUCUGCUCUCAUCUGGAUCACCUCCCGACCAGCAGCAGCUGAUCAAAUCCCCUCUGAGUGUGUGCAUCGAGUCACAGAGGUACGAGGGUUCAAUGACCCACAGAAGGAGGAGUACUUCAGGAAGAGGAUCAGUGAUCAGAUCCUGGCCAAUAACAUCAUCACACACCUGAAGUCAUUAAGAAGCCUCUACAUCAUGUGCCACAUCCCGGUCUUCUGCUGGAUUUCAGCCACUGUUCUAGAGAGAAUGUUGGGUGAAGCAGAGAGUGGAGAGAUCCCCAAGACUCUGACUCAAAUGUACACACACUUCCUCAUCAUUCAGACAAACAUCAUAAGAGAAAAAUACACAAAGAAGCAGGAGAGUGAUGAAGAAAUGCUUCUUAAACUGGGAGAACUGGCUUUUCAGCAGCUGAUGAACGGGAACCUGAUCUUCUAUGAGGAAGACCUGAGAGAGUGUGGCAUUGAUGUGACAGAAGCAGCAGUGUACUCAGGUGUGUGUACACAGAUCUUCAGAGAGGAGUUUGGACUUCACCAGAGUAAAGUGUACUGCUUUGUUCAUCUGAGCGUUCAGGAGCACCUUGCAGCUCUGUAUGUGUUCCUGACCUUCAUGAAGAAGAAGAGAAAUGUUCUUGGUCAGUAUAAAGGCUUUAAAUGGCUGAUUAAAUUAAUUAUAAUUACAAUCUCAGAUGUACACAAGAGUGCUAUAGAUCAGGCUUUAGAAAGUCAGACUGGACAUCUGGAUCUUUUCCUUCGCUUUCUUCUGGGUCUCUCACUGGAGUCCAGUCAGAAACUCUUACAUUCUUUAGUAACACAGACAGGAAGUAGCUCCCAGAGCAUAGAGGAAACAGUUCAGUACAUUAAGAAGAAGAUCAGUGAAGACCUUCCUACAGAGAAAUCCAUCAAUCUGUUCCACUGUCUGAAUGAACUGGGUGAUAAUUCUCUAGUGGAGGAAAUCCAGCACUACCUGAAAUCUGGAAAACAAAGUGAACUCUCUUCUUCACAGUGGUCUGCUCUGGUGUUUGUGUUACUGACCUCAGCACAGGAGCUGGAAGAGUUUGACCUGAGUAAAUAUUUCAGUACAGAUAAGAUAACAGAAACUGUUGUUGUGAAGAUGAUGCCUGUGAUCACAGCCUCCAGAAAAGCAAUGUUGUGUGAGUGUGGUAUCUCAGAUGAAGGCUGUGCUGCUCUGACUUCAGCUCUGAGAUCAAACCCCUCACACAUGAGAUACCUGGAUCUGUCUGAUAAUAAUCUAGGAGACUCAGGAGUGAAGAGUCUCUCUGCUGUACUGGAGAAUCCUCACUGUAAACUGGAGAAACUGUGGUUGUAUAAGUGUGGUGUAUCAGAUGAAGGCUGUGCUGCUCUGACUUCAGCUCUGAGAUCAAACCCCUCACACCUGAGAGACCUGGAUCUGUCCUGGAAUAAACUAGGAGACUCAGGAGUGAAGAGUCUCUCUGCUGUACUGGAGAAUCCUCACUGCAAACUGGAGAUACUGGGGUUGAGUGAGUGUGGUAUCUCAGAUGAAGGCUGUGCUGCUCUGACUUCAGCUCUGAGAUCAAACCCCUCACACCUGAGAGACCUGAAUCUGACCAAUAAUAAACUAUCAGACUCAGGAGUGAAGAGUGUCUCUGCUGUACUGGAGAAUCCUCACUGUAAACUGGAGACACUGUGGUUGUGUGAGUGUGGUAUCUCAGAUGAAGGCUGUGCUGCUCUGACUUCAGCUCUGAGAUCAAACCCCUCACACCUGAGAGAACUGAAUCUGUCUGAGAAUAAUCUAGGAGACUCAGGAGUGAAGAGUCUCUCUGCUGUACUGGAGAAUCCUCACUUUAAACUGGAGACACUGAGGUUGUGUGAGUGUGGUAUCUCAGAUGAAGGCUGUGCUGCUCUGACUUCAGCUCUGAGAUCAAACCCCUCACACCUGAGAGACCUGAAUCUGUCUGAUAAUAAUCUAGGAGACUCAGGAGUGAAGAGUCUCUCUGCUGUACUGGAGAAUCCUCACUGUAAACUGGAGAAACUGUGGUUGUGUAAGUGUGGUAUCUCAGAUGAAGGCUGUGCUGCUCUGACUUCAGCUCUGAGAUCAAACCCCUCACACCUGAGAGAACUGAAUCUGUCCUGGAAUAAACUAUCAGACUCAGGAGUGAAGAGUCUCUCUGCUGUACUGGAGAAUCCUCACUGUAAACUGGAGACACUGAGGUUGAGUGAGUGUGGUAUCUCAGAUGAAGGCUGUGCUGCUCUGACUUCAGCUCUGAGAUCAAACCCCUCACACCUGAGAGAACUGAAUCUGACCAGGAAUAAACUAUCAGACUCAGGAGUGAAGAGUCUCUCUGCUGUACUGGAGAAUCCUCACUGCAAACUGGAGAUACUGGGGUUGAGUGGUUGUGGUAUCUCAGAUGAAGGCUGUGCUGCUCUGACUUCAGCUCUGAGAUCAAACCCCUCACACCUGAGAGUCCUGGAACUGUCCAGGAAUAAACUAUCAGACUCAGGAGUGAAGAGUCUCUCUGCUGUACUGGAGAAUCCUCACUGUAAACUGGAGAUACUGUGUAUCAGCUGUGAUUCACUUGGAGAGAAAAGUUGGUCAGCUCUGGACUCAGCGCUCAGAUCAGAAAUCUCCAGUCCGAGAGAACUGCAUCUGACUGUGAAAACACUGGAUCUGUCCAAGAAUAAACUAGGAGACUCAGGAGUGAAGAGUCUCUCUGCUGGACUGGAGAAUCCUCACUGUAAAGUAGAGACACUGAGGUUGCGUGAGUGUGGUAUCUCAGAUGAAGGCUGUGCUGCUCUGACUUCAGCUCUGAGAUCAAACCCCUCACACCUGAGAGACCUGGAACUGUCCUGGAAUAAACUAUCAGACUCAGGAGUGAAGAGUCUCUCUGCUGUACUAGAGAAUCCUCACUGCAAACUGGAGAUACUGGGGUUGAGUGAGUGUGGUAUCUCAGAUGAAGGCUGUGCUGCUCUGACUUCAGCUCUGAGAUCAAACCCCUCACACCUGAGAGACCUGAAUCUGUCUGAUAAUAAUCUAGGAGACUCAGGAGUGAAGAGUCUCUUUGCUGUACUGGAGAAUCCUCACUGUAAACUGGAGACACUGUGGUUGCGUAAGUGUGGUAUCUCAGAUGAAGGCUGUGCUGCUCUGACUUCAGCUCUGAGAUCAAACCCCUCACACCUGAGAGUCCUGGAUCUGUCCUGGAAUAAACUAUCAGACUCAGGAGUGAAGAGUCUCUCUGCUGUACUGGAGAAUCCUCACUGUAAACUGGAGAUACUGGGGUUGUGUAAGUGUGGUAUCUCAGAUGAAGGCUGUGCUGCUCUGACUUCAGCUCUGAGAUCAAACCCCUCACUCCUGAUUAACCUGGAUCUGUCUGAUAAUAAUCUAGGAGCCUCAGGAGUGAAGAGUCUCUCUGCUGUACUGGAGAAUCCUCACUGUAAACUGGAGACACUGUGGUUGUGUAAGUGUGGUAUCUCAGAUGAAGGCUGUGCUGCUCUGACUUCAGCUCUGAGAUCAAACCCCUCACACCUGAGAUACCUGUAUCUGUCCAAGAAUAAACUAUCAGACUCAGGAGUGAAGAGUCUCUCUGCUGUACUGGAGAAUCCUCACUGUAAACUGGAGAUACUGGGGUUGUAUAAGUGUAGUAUCUCAGAUGAAGGCUGUGCUGCUCUGACUUCAGCUCUGAGAUCAAACCCCUCACUCCUGAGAGAACUGCAUCUCUCUGAUAAUAAAUUUGGAGACUCAGGAGUGAAGAGUCUCUCUGCUGUACUGGAGAAUCCUCACUGUAAACUGGAGAAACUGUGGUUGCGUGAGUCUGGUAUCUCAGAUGAAGGCUGUGCUGCUCUGACUGCAGCACUGAGAUCAAACCCCUCACACCUGAGAUACCUGAAUCUGUCCAAGAAUCAACUAGGAGACUCAGGAGUGAAGAGUCUCUCUGCUGUACUGGAGAAUCCUCACUGUAAACUGGAGAAACUGUGGUUGUGUAAGUGUGGUAUCUCAGAUGAAGGCUGUGCUGCUUUGAUUUCAGCUCUGAGAUCAAACCCCUCACACCUGAGAGACCUGAAUCUGUCUGAUAAUAAUCUAGGAGACUCAGGAAAGAAGCUGCUCUCUGCUCUAAAGGAUGAUGAACAUUACAAUCUAGAGACUGUGAUGAUGUAAUGAAUAUCUGUGUGUGAUGAAGACUCCAGUGUUCCUGCAUGUUGGGGAAUAGAGAAGAUGUUUAGAAACACAUCAGCCAUUUCAUUCAGCCUUCUGUUUUGUAAAAUUAAUAUUCUAACAUUUUUGUAGUAAAAUAAUGUUUGUUCUCCAAAAGAUAUAAACUAUAUAAAUAUAAAUCUUCAAAGAUAAAUGCAUUACUAACACAAUAUAUUGUUAGAGAAGUUAUUUCUGAAGAGAAACAUGUUUUUUUUUUAAUAAAUAAAAAUAAAUCACUCCAGCGUGCAGGGUUGUCAUCAUAACCCAACCUCACUGAGAUGAAACAACUCAGUCUGGAUCAGUCCACAUUGUACCCAGUGCAGGAUUUCAGAAUUGACCAUAACUGGGCAUAAUGUUAUGAUUAUGUUAUGGGGAUAAUUAUGUUUAUCUCAGUAAUUUUAGACUGCAACUUUAUGAGGAGACUUUACCUGGGAAUGAGUGAAUAUGAGCACAAACUCCUUCUUUCUGUUGUGUAUCAAUCUGUCUUUUUACCUGCUUCCCUCUCUCAUCUGUUUUAGUCAUGUCAGUAGUGGAAACAUUUACAUGUCUACAUUAAACUAUCAACUACCAA